AACACAACUUUAUCUUCCUGCUAGCUACUUAUUACUCCACUGACUCCAUAACUCUAAUUUCCUUUCCUUUCCUUUCCUUAAUUUGUUCUUCAAUGGCUACCAUGGCUUCUUCUUUGCUCAACACUAUCAUCUCCUCUUCUUCUUCUUCCGUUAAACUUCUUUCCAAUUCAUCCCCAAAACGAUGUCGUUUUCCACCAUUUCCAUCACCCAUUACCACUAGUAGAAGAAGAUUGACAAUCAGAGCAACUGAGACAGAUGCCAAUGAAGCAGUUAAAGGAAAGGCACCGGAGAAAGCACCUGCCGCAACCGGCUCUGGUUUUAAUCAACUUCUCGGGAUUAAAGGGGCUAAGCAAGAAUCUGAUAUUUGGAAGAUCCGUCUUCAACUUACAAAACCUGUUACUUGGCCUCCAUUGAUUUGGGGAGUGGUAUGUGGAGCUGCUGCUUCAGGUAACUUUCAAUGGACAGUGGAAGAUGUUGCUAAAUCGAUUGUUUGCAUGAUGAUGUCUGGCCCAUUUCUAACUGGUUAUACACAGACAAUCAAUGACUGGUAUGAUAGAGACAUUGAUGCUAUUAAUGAACCCUAUCGUCCAAUCCCUUCCGGAGCCAUAUCUGAAAAUGAGGUCAUUACUCAAAUAUGGGUACUUUUCUUAGGAGGCGUUGGAUUGGCUGGUAUAUUGGAUGUGUGGGCAGGGCAUAACUUCCCUACAAUAUUCUAUCUUGCUUUGGGUGGAUCGUUCUUAUCUUAUAUCUACUCAGCUCCACCUCUAAAGCUUAAACAAAAUGGAUGGAUUGGCAACUUCGCACUAGGAGCAAGCUAUAUUAGCUUACCAUGGUGGGCUGGUCAAGCAUUGUUUGGAACCCUUACACCUGAUGUAGUUGUUCUCACACUACUAUAUAGCAUAGCUGGGCUUGGUAUUGCUAUAGUAAAUGACUUUAAAAGUGUGGAGGGAGACAGACAAAUGGGGCUUCAGUCUCUUCCAGUGGCUUUUGGUGAAGAGACAGCUAAAUGGAUAUGUGUUGGUGCCAUUGACAUAACUCAACUCUCCGUAGCAGGUUACCUUUUAGGAUCUGGUAAACCAUACUAUGCCUUAGCACUCCUCGGGUUGAUUGCUCCACAAGUUUUUUUUCAGUUCAAGUACUUCCUCAAAGAUCCAGUUAAAUAUGAUGUCAAGUAUCAGGCGAGUGCUCAACCAUUUCUCGUUCUUGGUAUUCUCGUGACUGCCUUAGCUACUAGUCAUUAAUAUACAGUUUGAAAGUUAUAACAAAAUGACUAAAAAAGGUGGAAAAUAUCGAAGCAAGGUCGACAUUUUUGUAGCAUCUUUUUCAAGCUUUUCCCUAUAUUCUUUUCCUGAUUUUGCCUCACUUGUGCUUUUCUAUUUUAUUAGUGUUAUUGAAAUUUCUGCUUUUUUCUGUGUAUGAUACAAUGGUUGUAUAUAUAGGAUUACUUGGCAAUAAACUGAUGUAUUCCUCUUCUUUUUUAGUGGAAUCAGAAAUACUUAUUUAUGCUUA